UGACAUUUGCUCUUGUCGAGACUAGUUCAGUGCAAUCAGCAGGGAAUCAACAGUCCCAUUGUGUGCCACUCGACUGGUAGGUGGACGCUGCUCAUGUUAGACUGAUACCGAGCACAGCGUAAAGGUCAGGGAGAAGAGAUGUGGGGCAAUUCUGUGUUUUUUUGUGAAAACAGAUGUGUCAUCCUAAUGUGUUUAUUUUCAUGACUGCAUAAGGUGAUUGUCUGUUUUCUCACAGCUCUGCACCAUGAGGUCUUUGUCCUUCAUCCUCCUCUUCCUGGUCUGGGGCGUGUGUGGCGUUCAGGGGGCGACAGUUUUCAGAAUCUGUGCCUUCAAUAUUCAAAGCUUCGGAGAAGGCAAAGCUAGCAAAACCAAAGUCAUGCACACAAUUGUCAGGAUCAUCGCCCGCUGUGAUGUAAGCUUGCUUCAGGAAGUGAGAGACCACAGACGGAAAGCUUUCCCACAACUGCUUGCCCAGCUCAACAAGUAUGACAGUGCUCAUGAGUAUGAUGCUGUGCAGAGUGAGAGACUGGGCAGAUCUGACACGUACCAGGAGCAGUACGUGUUUGUGUACAGGACAGGAACAGUGACAGUGACCGAUCAGUACCAGUACCCAGAUACACUCAAAGGAGACAUUGAUGCUUUCGCCAGAGAGCCUUUUGUUGUGCGCUUCAGUGCUCCCAAGACAGCUUUAAAGGACUUUGUCCUGAUACCCCUGCACACGUCUCCAAACAACACCACAAAGGAGCUUGAUGCAGUUGUUGAUGUUUUUAACGAUAUCAGGAAGAAGUGGAAAACUGAGAAUGUGAUAUUCCUUGGUGACUUCAAUGCUGACUGUGGCUACCUGGCCAAGAAGAACCGGAAGAAUGUUCGCCUGAUUACCGACCCGGCUUUCAUUUGGCUGAUUAACGACAAGAACGACACCACCGUGCGAAAGUCCACUGACUGUGCCUACGACAGGAUCGUUGUGCACGGGGAAAAGGUUGCCAGAGCCAUUGUGCCUCUUUCAGCGAAGCCGUUUAAUUUUAAAAAGGAAUUCCGGCUUUCGGAGGAUCAGGCGUUGGAAGUCAGUGACCACUACCCUGUGGAGGUCCUGCUGAAGGCCAGUGCAUCCAGACAACAGCAAGUCUCCCUCAGCCUCCUCCUCAUCCUCCUCGCCUUGACAUUCAACUGCAGCUGAGCGAACAUGCAGUGUGUGUGUAUAGUGUGUAUCGUGUGUGUAUAGGAGGGAGGUACGGGGUCUACACUCUUCCUGAAUAAACCAGAGGAUCGAGACAUGAAGAUGUACCACAGCUCCCACCCUGUUCAUCUCUUGGUCUGAACUGGCACAGAAAUCAUCUCUGGUUCUUCUCCUUGUUUCUCUUCAGCCACUUCAUCUGCCAAAUGUAAUAAAAACAAUAAGCGUCAAUGACCUCAGGGAUGGAGUACAGCACAUGCCUGUACACUCAGCCUAAUCUCAAUCUCAGGGCAGAUUACAUGAUGAACUGUUGUGAACCAGCGCAGCUUCACAGAUCUGAACUACCUGCCAAAUAAUGGACUCUGAUAACACUCCAUAGCUAACACUUUUAAAGGAGGGCGCUCCAGACACUUGCAAGCACUUCACAGAAAAAAAAUCAAUGUUCCAGUUUACAAUCAUAUAAAAUAUAUAUUUUUAAUAAUUAAUAAUUAAUUACACCAUUAAUAUUUUUUAAAUACACAUUAGAAUACAAUCGGCAAACUUAAACAACAUCCAAGGCACACUGUUCCACUGAAAAAAUGUUAAAAAGCCUUUUUUUUUUUG